AGAUUGAUACCGCCUACCACCACUACAACGGUGGGAUUUAGACUUGAGCUGCCGCCUCUAUAUCUGCGGGAUUACGUUAAAAAUAAACCCCACUACGCGGCCUUUGAUUGGUCCAGUGUUAAAAUAGGAUGCCAAAGGAUUAGAAUGGCUCUCUGCAGCACAAAUAGCCAGUGUUCUUUGGUGCGUGUUGGAUGGGAAUUGGGAAGCCUGUCGUCUCUACCUCUGCAGGCAAUAGCCCUCAAAGUCAACGCUGGACCCAUGUUUGGCAACACCCUCUUCCAGCUUCCAGUGGAGGAGACGGUAAUCUUAGUAACCCCGGGAUACGUAGGAGACACGCGCAACGAGGAUGCGACGAUACGACUUAAACUUUAACCCAUGAAAGAAGCAUCUUCUUGUGACAGGAUCAUCUAAGGAGCAACAAAAGCAUCAUGGACCCAGGUGUCUGGCGUCCGGAGUCCUUGUGGGCCCCAGGCCCCGCCCCCUCCUUGCUGGCGGCCAAAGGGUUCCGUAAAGUUCAGCCUAACUUGAGCAGGAGGCCGGCCGCACAGGGGAAUGCCAGCCAGUCCUCUCUCCCUCCGUUGUCCCCCCCUCCACCUCUCCGACCCUUCACCUCUUCUCCUGGAGGUCAACAUCGAGGUCUCCCCGUCUCCCCCUCCUUCCCUCCUCCCACUACGCCCUCCAGCCCUCCCUCCUCCACCUCGGCAUUUGGCUUGGAGCUCAGGCACAGUCGGAGUGCAGAUCACAUCAGCAGCGACCAGAGAAGCUGCAGCCCCUUGGAUCAGACCUCCACCAGAACGAGAGGAAGGGACUGGUAUCGUAAUAUGUACAACAAGAUUCAUGUGGUCCAAAAAGCAGAUCCGGAUUCGGCAGAAGCCUACAGCAACACUAAGGGUAUCGCAAACAAAGCGUUGUCUAGCAACAGCCCUGACCCUGGCCACCUCCCCCCAAGCCCUGGCAGCGGCUGGUCGUCUCCCGCCGCUCACAGAGACAGGAGGGAGGACUGUGGGCGGUACCGAGCGGAGCCCCGCAGCAUCUUCGACUAUGAGCCGGGGGCCUCGUCUGUCCUGGAGCGAGAGCAGCCGUCCCUCCAUCCCUCUGAUCUGUCUGUUGAGGAUGAGCCAUGGUUCAGGUUUUUUGCCGAGUUAGAGUUUGGCCGCCCGCCUCCCAAGAAAACUCUUGACGAGAUGCUGAACGAAGAUUCUCCUGUUCCUGACACGUUAUCCAGCCGUUUGAGUGGGGAAGACAGAUUCAUACAAAGUCCUGCAAGUUCGUCUGAUGACUAUAUCGACUGCGGGAAAUCUCAAUCAUCAAUAUCCCACUCCUCCAGCUGCCAUACAGCCAAUCACAUCCCAGUCAGAAGUAACCCGACCAAUCAGGGUCAGAUGUGGCCUUCAGCGCCCGCUAACAGCUGUGCUUCACCUAUCAAAAGCAGAGGUGGGGGCGUCCAUUUUGACGACUGUCGCACACUCUUAAGCAUGCAACACAGAGCUCAUGACCUGCAGCACACUGACACAGAACCACUGCUGCCUCUGCUCCGCCACAAAGAAGCUCACAACACAGACGGCGAGGCCACCACAGCACUGAGCUCUGUCAGCAGCACGUGUAUAGCAGAGGGAUGGGGGGAGGAAGGAGAUGGGAAGAAGGAGAGAGAUAUGAACAAUCAAAGGGUGAUAGCAGAGUUGGGAAACAUGGAAGAAAAAGAGAUGACCAAAACAUCCAAACUUUUGACCAAAAGCACCACUUGGCCCGAGGAGAUGAACGGGAGGGUGAGCUGCCAGGCAAAGGACGAGGUUCGACCUGUAGAGGAGUUGGACAAGAGAGGAGGAGAGGAAGAGGGAUGCCCCACCUCUGAACGUGUCUAUUGGAUAGAGGCCACAGAGGGACGAAGAGAGGAGGGACCGCAGGUUGGAGGAGAGCUGGUUAGGACUGAUGUAGAAGAGGAUAAGGGGGAAGAAGAGGAGGAGAGGGGAGAACGACAGACCCAGAGGAUCAGGAGAAGCAAGGAGCCAGGAGCAGCGCAUGUUGUCCCCCCCCCUCGCUCCAAAAGUGUCGGCUCUUUCACACAGGGAUCGAAGCACAGAGAGGGCCAGCGACAGAGUACCCACACUUCAGCUGGCUUUCUUAAUCUGUACCGCUCUAUGCACAAUAUUAACAGAAAGGAGGUGAUAUCAGGGCAUUUGCCCAAGGCUGUGUGUGAUAUACAGGCUCGCAUAUUGGCUUACAAAGAAGAGAUGGUCAAUGACCAGCUGAACAAGGCUGAACCCCGAAUGGUUCCGCUCCACGCUGGAGAGCAGGGGACAGAACAUGGUGGAGCCCCGAGGGCGCCCACCGUGCAGAACCGCAUCUCUCAGUUUCAACGCCUGAUAAACAAAUCUCAGUCCAUGCCAAACCUGGGAUGUCGGGGAGGAGGAGAGAGAUGUGCGAGGGACAGAGUAGGGGAGGAGGCUGGACACGGUCAAGGCCACAUGCCAAACUAUAAACCUCCCAAACACGCCCCUGCCUUGCGCCUGGAGAGGCCGGGGGUCCGACCCCUAGAGAGCCGGCGUGCACCUGAAGGCCGGUCCACCGUUAUCCAUAAGCCAGCAGUGUUACACUUCCUGGAUAAGAAAGAACCCUCACAGACCAACAACGGCCCUCAGAACUGCUCCGUGGUCCAACAGUUCAACCACAACACUCUUCUAUGCUUCGAACAGGAACACAUAGGCAAGAGCAGGCAUGGUACUUCACAUAAUGUACAUGGAGAUAGCAGACAUUGCAAUGAGACAUGCACAGAUUCCCCACCCGUACUCUAUAUAAACUCAAGAAUGCAAGAUGGGACACAUGCAGGCCACGUCAACUACAUGCACCAUCGCAAACAUCUCCGCAGCCAAUGUAGCGAGGUAAGAGAGCAGUACAGCAGCCUGCAUCAAACCCCUUCACGGGAAUGCAAGGUUGAGGAAGGCAGCCUGGCAUUGGACUGCUUAGUGUACAAUGGCUCUUCUGUGUACAGCAAAAGUGAGCAGGAAAGAAUAUCUUAUUCCUCCCAUCCGCCCCGUUUCUCUCCUUCUAACGACCACAAGAACCCUUUGCCAUGCAGGCCUUCCCCGCCUGUCCCUCAGAGUCCUAACCUCUGUGGAGGCAUCGGUCAUCAGAGGUCAGAUCAUUACCAGCCUGCAAGCCUCCUCAGUCCCACUCCUUAUCUGAGCCAGGGAGCUCCAGCCUUGAGCAAAUCAACAAUUCCAAGAGCUGUGAGUCCCUGCGUGAUGCCAAACUCCUCAGUCCCUGACCCCUGCAGGCUUACUGGUAACCCUGUAAGUACACAGCAAGCAAGACAGUUCUUUGCAGGGCUCCAGUGCAAAUCUGAUGGAUCCACCGCCCCCACAGAGCACAGGAGAUACACUUCAUCCUCUCAGAAACCUGCUGUCCCAACCAGGGAGCCCAUUAACAGGUCCCGCAGUCCCCUUGGCCCCCUUCCAACACACAGAGAAUGUGGUAGGCGGUCCACUCCUUGUUCUAAGGUGUUAGAUAGCCCUCACCCAACCCCUGGUUGCUUUGCCGUUGCAGACUCUAGUCAACCUCUAGAUCCCUGCAGAGCCCCCCCCGUCCACCCGGACCCCUGCAGAGCCCCCUGCUCCACCAGCUCCGUGUUCCUGGCCCUGGAGCGCGCCCUCAGCGGGAUCUGGGAGUACCUGAGAGAGGAGGGGGAGGAGGGGGAGGAGCGUGAGCAGGAGGAGGGAGAGGAGGAGGAGGGAAAAGGAGACAGCAGAGGGACGCCACUGGCCCCUGAGCGGGGCUCGUCCCUCUGGGCGGUGGAACAUCAGCGCACGGCACACUCUGGCCGCGGGAGGAGCCCCAGGGCGGGGGUGGAGAGGACCAGGAGAGCAGGAACUAACCAAUGGGAGCUGGACGUUGGCGUACAGUGUACCAACAGCUUCUCCAAUGCUCACACUGUAGCUAGCUACGACCGGCAGGACAGAAGAGAGGAGCCUGGGAUCUGCCAAGAGCCACCAAAGACUACGUUCAGAAACUCAGCCAUCCCUGACAGAAAGUCUGUUGCUGAGUGCGCCAGGGUUCUCUACAACUUUGAUGCUCACACCUCAAAGGAGCUGUCCCUGAGGAAAGGCGAUGUGGUGACCAUCACCAGACUGGUGGACAGUAACUGGUAUGAAGGCCAGCUCAGGAGAGCAGUGGGGAUAUUCCCUGUCUCCUAUGUCCAGAAGAUCUGUUCCCAGCCCCGUCGCCCCCCCCCACCCUCCACCCCGUCCCGCUCCUCCGUCCUGGGGGAGGCGGUGGUCCGCUUUAACUUCACAGCCGACACCCCAGUAGAGCUGUCCCUGCGUAAGGGAGAAGGCGUUGUGAUACUGAGAAAGGUGGAUCAGAACUGGUAUGAAGGCUGUGUCCCGGGCGGCCAGCGAAGGGGGAUAUUCCCCGUCUCUUAUGUCUCUGCGCCCUACGGCCAGCCUAGGUGGCAGACUCCCGUAGCGGACUCUGAACAGCGCCAAGCGUUCACUCAAGAAGGCCUCCAGUGUGGAGGAGAACCGUUCAAAGUGCUGUACAACUACAACCCACACAACGAGGACGAGCUGGAGCUGACGGAGGGAGACACCAUCGACGUGAUGGAGCAGUGUGACGACGGCUGGUUUGUAGGCACUUCCAGACGGAGCCGUUUCUUUGGGACAUUUCCAGGGAAUUACGUCAGACGUCUGUGACCUCUGACCCCGUAGGCUGACCAGCGAUCAAAUUUAUUUUCUCUGUGUGUGUGUGUUUGUGUAUGUGUCUGUGUGUGUGUCUGCAUGGUGUGUAUUUGUUGGUGUCCUUGCAUCAUCCCCAAUGUAAUGUGAUGACCUUUACUUAUUAUUUAUUCUUUUGAAAGCGAUCUAUUUUAUUUUUGUUAAUAAUGUUGUCAAAAAGUGUGUCAUGUUUGUGGAACGGACAAGUGUCAAGGAAGUCUCAGCGAUAGGAUUAGAUUAAGAUUGUGUUGUUUCCAGAGAUUUCCUUUAAUAAGGAAUAUGUGUGUACACAAUGUAUGCUUUAGUAGAUGUUGGCUUAUUUAAGAGCAGAUCACUGCCAUUCAUGCUGAAAAGGUGUAGGAAUACGAUCGGAAGAUGCUAGCAUUGCUAUGUGAAAUAACCAGUCUGCAACAGUUAGUUGUGGAACGGACUAAAUAUGAAUAUGGAACUGCUUUUUUGAAGCAAGACGUAUGAAAUAACAUGUUUUAUAACUUAAAAGUCAACGUGAGAGGCAAGGGAGUAUCUGGUAAUUACAAGAAGUGGAAACAUAUAUCCAUCAAAUGCUUUCUGUGACUGCCAGCACACCAGCUGCAAAACCUAUCUGGAUGUUAUCCUCGGUCAGUGCAGAUCCACUCUGGAAUGAAUUUUUUUUUUCCAUUGUUUUUGAAAUAGAAGAGAUACUGUUGAUGUAAGAAAUUCAAAUAAAAUGAUAUCCCAAAAUGGUU